AUGUCAGCGAAGGACUUUCUGAGAGGGCUGCACCUGGAGGACGGAGGGUCAGUGCGACUCCAAGAUGGCAAGAAUGAGUUUGAAGGUACAGUUGAGGUUUAUUUGAACGGAGUCUGGGGAACAAUCUGUGGCAGCCAUUGGGACAAUAAUGAUGCAACAGUCAUAUGUCGACAGCUUGCACUUGGUGAAAAAGGUACAGCAAAACACAUACCGUUUGCUGGCCUGGGCCUUAUCCCUGUUUACUGGACUGAAGUACGUUGCCGUGGUGAUGAAGAAAAUAUAUUGUUAUGUGAAAAAGACAUCUGGCAGGAUGGAACAUGUCCUCAAAAAAUGGCAGCUGCCUGCACCUGCAGCUUGAUCACAGCCUCUGUCUUUAUUCCGAUCCGACUGGCUGGUGGGAACAAUGCUCAUGAAGGAAGAGUAGAAGUCUACCAUGCUGGCCAGUGGGGGACCGUCUGUGAUGAUCAGUGGGAUGAUGCAGAUGCUGAAGUUGUCUGUCGGCAGCUUGGCCUUGGGGGUGUUGCCAAGGCAUGGAGCCAGGCUUACUUUGGAGAGGGCUCAGGCCCAGUGCUGCUGGAUGAAGUGCGUUGUACAGGAAAUGAACUAUCUAUAGAACAGUGUCCAAAAAGCUCCUGGCAAGAACACAACUGUGGCCACAAAGAAGAUGCUGGUGUUUCCUGUACACCUCUUACAGAUGGUGCAUUAAGACUAGCAAGUGGGAAAGGCAGUCAUGAGGGACGACUGGAGGUCUAUUAUACCGGGCAGUGGGGCACAAUCUGCGAUGAUGGGUGGACUGAGCUGAAUACACAGGUGGUUUGCCGGCAGCUGGGAUUUAAGUAUGGAAAAAGUGCACCCGAGAGCUACUCAGAGGGAAGUUCUGGGCCCAUCUGGUUGGAUGAUGUCAGUUGCUCGGGGAAGGAGUCAGACCUUCUGCAGUGUUCAAAAAGAGAGUGGGGAAAGCAUGACUGCAACCAUCAGGAGGAUGUCAGACUCAUUUGCCAUCCGGAUAAUGACAGCCAUAAACUCUCACUUGGUCCUCCCAUCAGGCUGAUGGAUGGUGAGAAUAAGAAGGAAGGACGUGUGGAGAUUUUUAUCAAUGGCCAGUGGGGGACAAUUUGUGAUGACGGAUGGUCUGAUAAAGAUGCAGCUGUAGUUUGUCGACAGCUUGGCUACAAAGGUCCAGCUAGAGCCAGGACAAUGGCAUAUUUUGGCGAGGGUAAAGGUCCGAUCCAUGUGGAUAACGUGAAAUGUACAGGGAAUGAGAGAUCUCUGGCAGACUGCAUUAAACAGGACAUCGGAACCCACAACUGCCGCCACAGUGAGGACGCCGGGGUGAUCUGCGACUACCCAGGCAAGAAGGCCCUUGGGAACAGCAACAAAGAUUCUCUUGCUUCUGUUUGUGGGUUGAGGUUACUACAUCGCCGACAAAAGCGAAUAAUUGGCGGGAAGAAUUCUUUACGGGGUGGCUGGCCAUGGCAGGUUGCACUCCGACUGAAGUCAUCUCAUGGUGAUGGAAGACUCUUGUGUGGUGCCACUCUCAUCAGCAGCUGCUGGGUCCUCACGGCUGCCCAUUGCUUUAAGAGGUAUGGCAAUAACACUAGGAAUUAUGCCGUGCGAGUUGGAGAUUAUCACACAUUGGUACCAGAAGAGUAUGAGGAAGAAAUCAGAGUCCAGCAGAUAGUGAUGCAUGAAGAGUACAGGCCUGACAGCAGUGACUAUGACAUUGCGUUAGUGAGGCUACAGGGUCCAGAGGAACAAUGUGCCAGAUUCAGUACCCAUGUCUUACCUGCUUGCUUGCCAUUAAGGCGAGAGAGACCACAGAAAACUGCUCCUAACUGCUAUAUCACUGGAUGGGGUGACACAGGGAGAGCCUAUUCGAGAACAUUACAACAAGCUGCCGUCCCUUUACUUCCCAAGAAGGUAUGUGAAGAGCGUUAUAAACAAAGAUUCACAGGAAGAAUGCUCUGUGCUGGCAACCUCCAGGAACGGAAACGUGUUGAUAGCUGUCAAGGAGACAGUGGUGGACCACUGAUGUGCGAACGUCCUGGGGAAAGCUGGGUUGUGUACGGUGUGACCUCCUGGGGCUAUGGCUGUGGAGUGAAAGAUUCUCCAGGUGUCUACACAAAAGUUUCAUCUUUUGUACCCUGGAUAAAGAGUGUGACCAAACUAUGAAUGUCUUUAAUCAAACUUUGGUAAUGAAUUUUGAGGUAGGACAGCUUAAACAGCACACACAGUGCACAGCUGGGGCCCACAACAGAUGGGAACAGACACAUUUUCCCAAUUCAUAUAGUUUCCUUUUUGUUAAAUCCAAGCUGUAUAAACAUAACCUUUCCGGUUAGGGAUUAAUAUGCAGACAAAAUCCCUCUGAGGAAGUUUAUAUUGCAUGAACAAGUUUUCACGUAGAUAACGGCAAAAGCGAUCUUUAUCUCAGAGUAACAUUGGAGCAGGACGGUUGGAGAGUUCACUACAAGAUUCACUGUUUGCAGAAGACUGCAGUAGCAGUUAUUCAUGCUCCAAGCUUCUCUAGAAUUACAGAUCUCAAAAUUCAUUCCCAGUCUAGUCUAUUUAAUCAGUCCUUGGCUGCUUCCCUAUUUAUUAUUCCUGUGGUCUUAUACUAGCCCUUUAAUUUUGUCUCAUGUUUCAUUCAGCUGAUGAGAUCACUCACAGGUUCAUUUCUGGUUAUGAUUCUGUGUAUGCAUUAAAAUGUUAGAAGGAAAACUAAUUGCCAAUAAUCAGAUCCCCAGCUAUUCUGAUAAACAACUCUCAGAGCUUAGUUCCUAAAGCACAUUCCCAAGCGAAGUGGUUAGUACUCUGGAAGUAAUUAUGUUCCCAUUAGAAAUCCUGCACAGCUACGUGAGCUAUAUCAAAAAACCUGCACUCUUUGAAUUUCCAAAAGAAGACAAAUGAUAUUGAUCUAGAGGGACCGUUCCCCCUACCUCCUACUCCCCUCCCCCCCCAAUUUUUAGCACAGGCACACAAUGAUAUACAUGCAGCAUUUUUGAGAGAAUUUAGGUUUUCCUAUUUGCCACUAGCUGUUGGUAUAGUAUUCAUCUCAAACAUCCCAAAUCUCUAUCAAAAAUUAAAAUAAUUCAAAACAAGCUCAUAGAUCACUGGCUUUGGAGAGGCUUUACUCAAGUAACACCAGGAAUCUCUACCAAUCCCACAAGGAAAAGUUAUUGCAAACAUGUAGAAUGCAAGUAUUAAGAGAUGUUGAGCCAGUACACUUCUGAAAAGGUCUAUGGGCUUAAAUGACAGUUUUAUAAAACAAAAGAAUACUUAAAAAACUCUUUCGAGUUUAGUUGGAAUACCAGUUCAGUCUGACCUGACCAGAAAGGGAAAACUACCUGAAAUCAACACCUGCAAAAUACUUGUGUAUCUUAUCUAGCAACUACUCACAUUUGUCAUACUAAUUUACAACAGUAAAGGAAAGGAUAGUUUAAGUCACAUGGUCCCUAAUGUCCUUUUAUAUUCCAGACAUUAUUUGACAUCUAUGACUAAAAGAGCUAGUCUUCAAAGACUUGUUAUAAAGAAAAAAAAAAAAAAGUGCUAACAUACCUUGAUUCCCUUUGUCAAUUCCUUUCAUAAAUUCUGUUCCCAAGGCUAUGGAAACCUUCAUGGUUUAUUAUAAAAAUACAUUGAUAAAAAGCGACUUUUACUUAGCAUAGCAAGAGAUGUAUUGAACAACUGUUUACUAGUCUUUUAGAAAGGGCCACCCCAUUUAACAACUUUAUCGCACAGAAGACAAGUAAUUACCUUUCUAGUGCAACCCUGCUCGGUAUCAAGCUAAUCUUGGAAAAAUCUGAGACUACAGUCAACAAAACAGGAAACUUCAGGGUUACCUCUAUAAUCCCUGUCUAUAAAGCCAUUUUGUCCGUCUACAAAUAUACUCUGUGUACUACAUUUUGACAAACUUUUUUUUUAGAAGAUGAAACAAACGCUCUGCGGGCCAACGAACACUCCAGUGUGAAAGAUGUGGCAGUUGUGUGUCACCACGUUGUAUGUAAUUGUACAAGUUGUAACUACUAGAAACUGUUUUCCUGCGUUUCCCCUUCCUCAAAUGCUCCACCUCUGACAGCGUUGUCUGGCCUUUUGUGAACAAAGUGGAAUGCCUGUGUUCACGUGGUUAAGUAGCUUAUCAUCCACUUCUGUGUGCUUCCAUGCCUUCCAUGCUCCAGUGUUGUAACAAGUACCCAAGACAACUCAGCUUGCAUACAAAAAAUGGUGAUAACAUUGCAGAAGCCCAUGAAAUUGGAGACUUGGUACUCAGUUUCUCUCCAGACCUCAAACUGAUUUUCAAGGGCCGUGACUAGUCUAAAUACCUUG